AUGGCUUCUGCUUCAUAUGUACCUACAUCAACAAAAGAAACAACCAAUUAUGCCAGGCUAUGUCGUGUUCUUGUCGAUUUGGGAACUUGUGCCCUCAGGGAUUGCUUUGAUGCCGUCUUCACACCACCAACUCUUCACAAGGUCUUGGCAGCCAGUCAACCCACGUUGCAGUCUCUUAGAUCACGAAGAAUCAUCAAUGUCACACAAUGGGGAAAUCUCUUUCCUUCAACCCCUGCUUCAGUGUCCUCAACAGAUUUCGACAUCACCUUACUCAUGAUUCUUUUUAGAAACAUAUGUGGCAUGGCUCCACCACUCACGGGAUGGGACGUCCUGCCUGCGGCCACGGACGUCAGCCGUGAAGCAGACAUUGCACGAAUCAAAUACUUCAGAAAUAGCAUUUAUGCUCAUGCCGAUCACGCUUCUAUCGAUGAUGCAACUUUCGACAAAUGCUGGAAGGAAAUUCGAGACACUCUAGUACGACUAGGAGGAGUUAAAUACAAGGUGAGAGAUGAAAAAUGUUUUUGGUGUUUUGUUUGAACACUGACUAGGUUUGAUACGUUACUUCCCUGCAUUCACAGUGUAAUCAUGUGUAAUGAAAGCUAAAACACUACUCAGACUAGUCACACCAGUGCAGUGAUUCAUAUGUUGCCCGUUCUAUUUGAAGGACUCUGUUGAUUUUUUCGAAGUUUGCUGUAUGGAUCCCGAUAUGCAGCAACAUUACAGAGAACUUCUUCAUCAGUGGAAAAGUGAUGAAGAUAACAUAAAAGAUGAAUUGAAACAAAUUGUCACUAAUAUGAAAGAAUUUGGUACAGGCAUUAAAGAAGUGAGCAGCGAUGUUAAAGAAAUUGGUAUCGACGUAAAAAUCCUAACAAAAAAGCUUGAUGACUUGGUGGCAUCAACUGUGAUUUCUGCCAGUGAAACAAAUGAAGAAGGUGAGUAUAUAAAGACUUUUAACGACCUAGUAAUGGCGCCAAGGAAAACACACACUGCAAAAGGCGACUCAUAUGCUCUGCUAAAAAAAAAGGGUUUGAAUUUCAGUUAGUAAGUUGCUCUGGUCUCCUAACCUUUCUUCUUUCUCAAAUAAAUUACAUUUUGAGACACCCACCACCAAUGGCGAUGAAAGAUGGUUCGUUUCAAACGUUGCCUUGUAAUGGGCUGUACCUUGUAGGGGUUGAUUAUAAACGCACGUGACUUUAUCCCAUUAUUAUAUAGAGCAGGCCGGCCCGGAGGGAGAAGCCAUGUUUACUGAGAUUGGAACUCCGUGAGCGUGGUCAGUUUGUCACCCAGUGUCGCUGCUGCUUUGUCGAGUUCGCCAGAUCGUUCGCCAAACUGGCCCAACACGCGUCAUUCCGUGGAAAAUCUCCAGACGGGUUUGACGGGAUCCUUGCUUUUAACGAGCCGAAAUCUCAAUCUGUUGAACCAGCCUGCCUGAUGUAAUCAGAGCCUUAGGGUCUGUCUUUCUCUGGAGCCUAGACUGCGUAGCUGGUCGAAUUAUUUUUGCGCGUGUGCGAGUUUUGGCAGCGAAGCUGCCAUUCUCGUGGCUUUGCCGUGAAAAGCGAGCGCCGAAGGCGAGAGGGAUUUCAAAGCGUCUCCUCCCCAUUCUCCGCACGGCUUCGCAGCUCCUCGGGCAAAACUUUCCUCGCGCAAACGAUCCAACCGGAAACGCAAGCUAUUUGGAGCCAUUUGGAAGCCAUUUUGAACUUGAGUUGAAAUUUCAAUGGGAAAUAAGUACGACUCAAAAUUUAAAAUUUGUUUUUGUGUAGUUUCACAGUAUAAAAGUCUCUUCCUCUUCUUGGUGUUCUUAUGCUUAAGCUAGUGUACUGUUUUGCUUGACCUCAAAGAUCAAGUUAGAGCUUCCUCUUGGUCCAUCUGCACGCUAAACGUGUGUGAACACUUCAAAAGACACAAAUAGUUUCUACGAAAAUGUGUAAGCGUGGUAGGUCAUGAAAUGGAAAAACAUGUUUAAGUCUAUUAGACGUGUAGUUUCCUUAACGUGUUUCCUUCAAAAGUUCCUAAUUCAAGAGAAUAGAAAAGAAUUUUUCAUAUUCUCUUUUACGUACUUUCCUUCCUUAACAUUAUUAAUAAUGAACUAACCCCAUUUUAUUUCUUUUUUCAUAAGCUAAUGGGUUUAAACCGAAAGAAAUAUUGGAUAUCUCAUUGAUGUGCAGAGAGAAAUUGCACGAGAAUAAGCUUCUGACGUCAUUCUGUAAGCAGUGUAAAGUGUGUAUUUGUGACAAAUGUAGACAAACUCGUCACAAUAAUCACAUGACGAUGGAUAUCCACCAAGCCGCAGAAGAGUCCAAAGUCGAUAUUGAGGAGAUUGUAGAGGACAUGAAGAAAGAGAUUGCUGAUUACAAUGAGCGUAAAGAAAAAACGAACGACUCCUUGAGAGAAAGAAGAGAGAAGAUUGCUACAGCACGUAAUAAAGUAAUGACUUCUGUUGAGGAACUUGUUCGACUUUUACAUGAACAUGAGAAGGCUAUCAUAACCAGUUUAGAUGUCAUUGAUGGAAAAGAACAAAGAGAGCACGCAGCGCAACUAGAACACUUUCAGAUUUCUAUGAAUCAGUUACAACAGCAUGUCGAGUGGUGCCAGGGCAUCUUACAGAGGAAGAAAAGUGUUGAAAUUUUGAAAGAGCAUCAUGCUCUCAUUGGACGGUGCAGAGGUCUUUUAAGUGCAGAGAAACGGAACAUUUAUAAGCCAUCGCAUGUCAGAUACCAGAUAAAUGAAGAGCAUGUGGAUAUUGUGAGAAGCGCAGCUCCGGCGGUGGGUCGAAUUGUUGUUAGUAGCACAGAUGCUUUGCAGUCAGUAGCUGAAGGGACAGGGUUACGGAAAGGUGAGGUCGGAAGCGAAGCAACAAUUACAAUAAAAACAAAAGAUUUUGAUGAAAAACAAUGCUACGAUAAAAACGAUCAAAUUCAAGUAAUAGUUCAGUCCCCGUCAAAAGAAGUAGUCAGGCACAUCAUUGCACGCGGAGAAGAUGGUGAUUAUAGCGUGACUUACACACCAGACAGUGUUGGACAACAUGAAGUGCAGAUUGCGGUCAACGGUCAAUCAUUGACUGGUAGUCCAUGGCGUGUUCAUGUGACUCCAUAUCAUUAUAAAUAUUCUUUUUCUUUUGGUUCGCUUGGGAAAGGACGAGGGCAGCUUGAUUGGCCCAAUAGUAUUGCAAUAGAUGACACGUCUGGGAAUGUUGCAGUGGCAGAUAGUAAUGGGGUACACCUAUUUAGUUCAGAAGGAACACAUCUAAGGGAUAUUGGUACUAACAAGUUAACAGGAGCCACGUCAGUAGCCUUCAAGUCAAGUGACCUCUUAGUCAUUGCUUCUGAUAAGAUUUUCUGUUUCAAUGCCGGAAGUUAUAAAUCUGUAAAAUAUGUCACCAACAAACACCUGAAGACACCACACUGCCUGACUAUUGCACCUAACGGUUGCAUGGUGGUGUGUGACGAGGGUGACCUUACAGUUAAGGUUCUGUCCUCUGAUGGCUCGCGGCUGCUACACACUAUCAAUGAUCCUGGCUGUGCCAACCCACGCUUUGCAUUGUGUCAUCAGAAGAUGAUUUUCGUUUCCUAUUAUCUAGAAAGUGAUGUUAAGGUAUUUAGCAAGAAUGGAAAGUUUUUACACAGCAUCUGCAAUCCUGAGUCAGGUGUUCCCGCUGGUUUUGCUAUUGAUAAAUUCAAUAACCUGGUGGUAUGUGAUCGUUGGAAAUCUGAUGGGUUUCAUAUUUUUACCCUUAAAGGCGAAUUUGUAAAUACAAUAGAAGGACAACACACUGAGCUUAGUGCACCUCGUUCUGUUGCUGUGUCAAGCACCGGUCAACUUUUUGUUACUGAUGUCAACAAAAAUUAUGUUUAUGUUUUCCAGUGA